AUGAUUGCGGGCGGAAUUGGCGGCACAAGCGGCGACAUGCUGAUGCAUUCGCUCGAUACAGUCAAGACCAGGCAGCAAGGGGAUCCGCAUAUACCGCCCAAAUACACCUCCAUGUCCUCCUCGUACGCUACCAUUUUCCGCCAGGAGGGGAUCCGGAGGGGAUUGUACGGCGGUGUCACUCCUGCGUUAUGCGGCUCGUUCCCAGGCACCGUUAUUUUCUUCGGCACAUACGAGUGCAGCAAGCGGUGGAUGUUGGACGUUGGCAUAAAUCCGUCAAUUGCAUAUUUGGCCGGAGGAUUCAUUGCCGAUUUUGCUGCGUCGUUUAUAUACGUUCCGUCCGAAGUGCUGAAGACCCGGCUACAGCUUCAGGGCAGAUAUAAUAACCCGUUCUUCAAAUCGGGAUACAACUAUAGAUCUACGGCAGAUGCCUUCCGAACGAUAUUGCGCACCGAAGGCUUUUUUGCCCUCUUCUCCGGCUUCAAGGCAACGCUGUUCCGUGACAUGCCCUUCUCGGCACUGCAGUUUGCAUUCUACGAGCAGGAGCAGCAGCUGGCUAAGCGGUGGGUUGGACAUCGGGAUAUCGGGUUCCAGCUGGAAGUGCUCACGGCUGCUACGGCCGGUGGUAUGGCGGGUGUGAUCACCUGUCCGCUGGACGUGGUCAAGACCCGGAUACAAACACAGCAAAAUCCAGACGCUGCUCCACGACCGACUGUCACCCCGAAUGGCCAUGUUCAUGCACCGUCGUCACCAUCAACCUCCACCUCGAAAUCCUCCGCUCAAACACGAUUCAUCUCAACUUCAUCACCUUCCACAUCCACAGUUAAACCCGGUGCCGCCAUCCUCGACACCUCCUCGGUUCUAACGGGCCUGAAACUAAUAUAUAAAACUGAAGGGGUGGCCGGCUGGUUCAGAGGCGUCGGCCCUCGCUUCCUCUGGACCAGCAUCCAGAGCGGCACCAUGCUGGUGCUGUACCAGUACUUCCUCAAGCAGCUCGAGUCAUACCAGCAGCUCCGCGAGCUCCGAAGUACCUCGAUUUGA